UCCUCGCCGGCCGCAGUCGCCCUGUCGUCGGUGUCCACCUCCGGAGCUGGAAGUGGAGCUUUUGCUCUUUUAUAAAGGGCCGCCGCGCGGGGAAAUAAAAUUUAAGCAGGGAGAUGGGUCCCUUCUUCGCCUUCUGCGCUCUGCUGGCUCUCGCGUCGGCCGGGCCUGCCCAGUACUUCAGGGAGGAGUUCGGGGACGGAGAUGCCUGGACAAGCCGUUGGGUAGAAUCAAAGCACAAGUCUGACUAUGGGAAAUUCAAGCUUACUGCUGGCAAAUUCUAUGGAGAUGCAGAGAAAGACAAAGGACUUCAGACAAGCCAGGAUGCUCGUUUCUAUGCACUCUCUGCUCUCUUUGAUCGCUUCAGCAACAAGGAUAAGACCCUGGUGGUCCAGUUCACAGUGAAACACGAACAAAACAUUGACUGUGGAGGUGGCUAUGUGAAACUCUUCCCCUCCACCCUGAACCAAGAGGACAUGCAUGGGGAUUCUGAGUACAACAUCAUGUUUGGUCCUGAUAUCUGUGGCCCAGGUACCAAGAAAGUUCAUGUGAUCUUCAACUACAAAGGCAAAAAUGUCUUAAUCAAUAAGGACAUCCGUUGUAAAGAUGACGAGUUUACACAUCUUUAUACCCUCAUCGUGCGGCCUGAUAACACAUAUGAAGUAAAGAUUGACAACAACAAAGUGGAGUCUGGCAGCUUGGAGGAUGACUGGGAUUUCCUGCCUCCCAAGAAAAUUAAGGAUCCAGAGGCAAAGAAACCAGAUGACUGGGAUGAAAGAGCUAAGAUAGAUGAUCCUGAAGACACAAAACCAGAGGACUGGGAUAAGCCAGAACAUAUUCCUGAUCCUGAUGCCAAGAAGCCUGAGGACUGGGAUGAAGAGAUGGAUGGCGAGUGGGAACCACCAGUAAUCCAAAAUCCAGAAUACAAGGGAGAGUGGAAACCUCGUCAGAUAGACAACCCCAACUACAAAGGGAAAUGGAUUCAUCCUGAGAUAGAUAAUCCUGAGUACACUCCUGAUCCUGACCUUUACUUCUUUGAAAACUUUGGUGUUAUUGGCUUGGAUUUAUGGCAGGUCAAGUCUGGCACCAUUUUUGACAACUUCCUGAUUACUGAUGAUGAGAAAUUUGCUGAAGAAGUUGGCAAUGAAACCUGGGGUGCCACUAAGGAUGCUGAGAAGAAAAUGAAAGAGCAGCAGGAUGAGGAGCAACGAAAGAAGCAGGAGGAAGAAGAUAAGAAGAAGAAAGAAGAGGAAGGAGACGAUGAACCGGAGGGUGAAGAUAAUGAGGAGGAUGAAGAGGAUGAGGAGGAUGAGGAAGAAAAGGAUGAGGAGGAAGAAACAGAGGGCCCACUGAAGGAUGAGCUGUGAUUAGGGGUGGUUAGGUGUGCUUGUUGGCUGAGCCUCGCCCUGGGCCUGUACCAUGCAGUCUGCUUGGUUGAACCCAACAAAGGAGAGGGGAUAACAGUAAUGUCUCUAUGAGACAAAAGAACUUUUUUUUAUUGGUGUGUUUGUUUGUCUUAACCCUCUUCCCAAAUGUCACCAGUUAUUCAUUCAUGUGUGUAGAGGGAGAACUAGAACCUGCAUCCUAAGGUGGCUAACUGUAGGAACAUAACCCUUUGAAAUGGGGAUGAUGCCAUUGACCAUCUUUUUUUUUAAAGAAUAUGGCCACUUUUUCACAAAAGUUUGACUCCAGUCACCCUCCAGAAAUGGAUGUCCAUAAAGCAGAACUCCCCUGUAUUGCCUGCCCUUUUGCUUAUCUUUUUAAGAUACUUGAAGCUCCAAAUGGUAGUUUCAUACUUAAAAGGGGUGGGAUACCUGGGAAUGGAAUACUAGAUGGCUUCCAGGAAACAAAAUUGACACAACCAGUAUUGUAUGAUGUGUAAGACAAAGGAUGUUGACAUCCUGUCUUGUUCUAAGAGUAGUAACAGUCACUUUUGCUGCUGUGCCCAUUAGACAAAUCAGGUGCUUUUUUAAAAAGCACAAAGUACAAUGAGCAAAGCAAACUAUUACUUUUAACCCAAUUUGGAUGGCACCCUUAGCUUUUAGAUAUUUCAUAUGACAGCCUUGUGUGUGUUGGGGUGUGGUGGUGGUCAUUGCAGAGCUUCAGCUGGAGGAUCACUAGGGGUGGGGGUGAUUUCUGCUUUAGAUGUGUCCGGGCAGAGAGCUAGGAACCGAAGAGCCUAUGGAGGCAGAGACUAACACGAGGAGUCAUCUCACUUGUUCACACUUGAAUGUAUGGAAGAUUGAAGAAAAUUUCUAUUAAAUUAAACUUCAUGUCUGGCCCAUAAA